UGGGGGCGGGGGCCGACCUGCAGGACUCUCCCUCCAGCACCGGCCUUCAGCCACCCCUCGCUUAGGACCCUGUGGACACCACGCCCCGCGUCCACGCCCUCUCCUCAAGCACCCCAACCCCUAAAAAGAAGGAAACGUCCCAGACCCGGCGUCCCAGGGCCAGAAGACCUGCCACAGGGCAGCCAGUGGAGACUACCCGACCACAGAGACUGACAUCGCGACAGGACCCGCCCCUCUGCCUCCACCUCUCCCAGACCUCUGCUGCUCCGCCGCCCCGCCAAGUGCUGGGGGCCGGCCCGCCUGUCACGCUCCAGCAGGGGGACCCUCGGCUACGCAGUCAGCUGGUGACCGCGUAGAUGGCGAGGAGCCCCCAAGGCCUCCUGAUGCUGCUGCUGCUGCACUACUUAAUGGUCGCCCUGGAUUAUCAUAAGGCAAAUGGACUUUCGGCAUCAAAAGACCACCAAGAAGUUACAGUAAUAGAGUACCAAGAGGCUAUUUUAGCUUGUAAAACCCCAAAGAAGACGACGUCCUCCAGAUUGGAGUGGAAGAAACUGGGACAGGGUGUCUCCUUGGUUUACUACCAACAGGCUCUCCAAGGUGACUUUAAAGAUCGUGCUGAGAUGAUAGAUUUCAAUAUACGAAUCAAAAAUGUUACAAGAAAUGAUGCUGGAAAGUACCGCUGUGAAGUCAGUGCUCCAUCUGAUCAAGGCCAAAACCUGCAGGAAGAUACAGUCACCCUAGAAGUCUUGGUGGUUCCUGCAGUUCCUUCCUGUGAAGUGCCCACUUCUGUCAUGAGUGGGAGUGUUGUAGAGCUGCGGUGUCAAGAUAAAGAAGGAAACCCCGCUCCCGAAUACACAUGGUUUAAAGACGGCACCAGUUUACUAGGGAACCAAAAGCUUGGCAAACACAACAGCUCAUACACAAUGAAUACAAAAUCUGGAAUUCUGCAAUUUAACAUGAUUUCCAAGAUGGACAGUGGAGAGUAUUACUGCGAAGCCCGUAAUUCUGUCGGACACCGCAGGUGCCCCGGGAAACGAAUGCAAGUAGAUGUUCUCAACAUAAGUGGCAUCAUAGCAGCUGUAGUGGUUGUGGCCUUCGUGGUUUCUCUAUGUGGCCUUAGUGUGUGCUAUGCUCAGAGAAAAGGCUACUUUUCAAAAGAAUCUUCCUUCCAGAAGGGCAGUCCUGCAUCUAAAGCCACGGCAACGAGCGAAAACGAUUUCAAGCACACAAAAUCCUUUAUAAUUUAAAAGAAUUCCACUUUCAAGAUGCGCCAAAACCAGUUGUCACACAAGUUAUUAAAAUAUUAUAAAAAUA